AUGGCGAAGGCUCUCGCAGGAGCUGGCGCAAAGAAGGUCUACAUUCUUGGUCGACGUCAAGCACCGUUGGAAGCAGCAGCUACUACCCACCCUGCUAUCAGUCCACUGGUAUGUGAUGUCACCUCAAAGCAGUCACUACAGGCGGCUGCAGACGUUGUUGCCAAAGACUCUGGCUACGUGAACCUCGUUAUCGUGAACUCAGGAGCAUAUGGACCACCACAGGGUUUUGACCCUCAAAUGAACAUCGACGAGCUUAGAAGGCGCCUAUUUGACGACGUUGCAAUGGAAGACUUCACAGGCGUACUUCAUAUCAAUAUCACGGGGGCAUACUUUACGAUGCUUGCUUUCUUGGGUCUUCUCGAUGCCGGCAACCAGACUGCGCUAAAGGGAGGGUUCGGAGCGCCCCUGACUGCAGAGAGCACGAUUCCCUCGGUGCAGAGCCAAGUUGUUUUCGUAGGAAGCGUGGGGUCGUUUAGCCGUGAGCGGUCAGCGCCUCCAGGGUACGCGGGAAGCAAGGCGGCGAUUGCGCAGUUGGCGCAGCAAGCCGCAACCAACCUGGCGCCUUAUCAGAUCAGGGUCAACACCAUAGCUCCCGGAUGGUUCCCGUCGGAAAUGGCCUCGCCCAUCAUGGACACUCGCGACCCUGAAUCCGAGGCAGUGGAUCAUCCAGCAUUCAUGCCGGCAAGGCGAUUCGGCACGCAAGAGGAGAUGGCCGGGUCGAUAUUGUACCUUGCAAGCCGAGCUGGGGCUUACUGCAACGGCUUCGUCCUCCUGAAUGACGGAGGCCGGCUUUGUGUUGUCCCAUCCACAUAUUGA